AUGGUUGAGGCAGAAGAACAGGCAGGAGAACACGAUGAGCAGUUCGUCGUUGCUUUCAUGCCAACAACCCGCGCCACUUUGUUUCUCUUGCCUUUGUGUUUUUCUCGUGUCACUAGUUUUUUGCAUUCUGGAUUUUAUAUCUGCUUUUCCCCCAGCUCCUUGCUACACCUCUCCUGCUCCUCCUCACCACCACAACCACGGAUUACCAUCUCCGGACCAUUACUCCACUCUACCCUUCCAGCCUCCACCAGCCAGGGUUCCCCGUCAGCUGUGAAUUACAUCAUCGAUUUCCACACUGCCGCUGCGGCCAGCGACAAUGAACCGGCACUGGUGGACGCCUUUUACCGCAGCCUGUCGGACCGCCUGAAGGAUGCCCUGACAGCAUAUGAUCGCCCGAGAGGACUGCGUCCUCUCAUGGAUUUAGUCACCCACCUUGAAGGGAGAUUUCGGGAACACCAGCAGGAGCGCCACCGGGGAUCAUUGCUUGCCCGCUCUGGAGCAUACGUCGUUCCCGAGCGCUGCAUCAGAAACCCCGGAGCCCAUGCAACUGGGGAAAACAAGAUUAACGCCAGAAGAACGAGAACGUCGGUUCAGGCAGAAUCUGUGUUUAUAUUGUGGAGGUCCCGGACAUCGUGCAUUCACAUGUCCUGUAAAAGAUCAGGGCUCAGCUGUUAUAUUACAGCAAAGCCUUCCUCUCAUCCAACUGUACAGGCUGCGAGGCCAGUUGAUGAUAUCCUGGAGUUAGUGAAGGUUCCGCCUGAAUAUCAUGAUUUAAAACAAGUGUUCAACAAAACCCGUUCCUCUUCCCUUCCCCCGCACAGACCCUAUGACCGUGCUAUAGAAUUAUUGCCAGGCACUGUGCCCCCUAGAGGCCGCCUGUUUUCUCUGUCUGUCCCAGAACAGCGGGCCAUGACUGACUAUAUCACGGAGGCCCAGAGGGCUGGGUUGAUUCGCCCAUCCUCCUCCCCAACUGGGGCAGGGUUCUUUUUUGUUGGUAAGAAAGAUGGGGGCUUAGACCAUGCAUAG